AUGAGCAUAUCUGAUGGUAAAGCGUAUGGUACUAGUACGAUAGGUGGAGUUACAGGAAGUAUCGGUACUACUAGUAAAGAGGCGGUUGGUAGACUUGCAGGUGAUGUCGGUACAGCUGAUGGAAAGGCAGAUGAUGAAGACGACGAAGAACUGUUGGAAUAUCAGAUAGUAAUACCACAACCAAUAGCAAUUUCGAUGAUGCUUGUUUAUUUAGACCUGCAUCUUGGAGACCGGUUUUUAAAUAUUUUUCCUCGUUGA